UCCAAGAUGGCGAUCCUGCCAACUCAUACCAGAUACCAAGCAACUCCUGUCUAUAGAUCGGGCCUUAGACUAAGAGAAAAAUAUGUUUUAAUGUUAAUAUUUGUAGCUUUUCUUUUACUAUGCUUUGGAGCGUUUUUUUAUGUACCUGAUUUAAAAGAUCGGACGUAUUUAGAUGACGCUUAUAAAAGGUUUGUUGGUGCUGGUGGAGAAAUUUUCCCCUUAAAACCGCCUCGAACUCCUAUCGUAAAAAUAAAAGAUUUUGAUAAUACACAACAGAAUUCAAAACCACCAACUUUAUUAAAGAAAACUAACCCUCCAAGUCUACCUGAUAAUCAUAAAGAACUGAUGGAAAAGAUACAGAGGGACAAAGAAGAAUUUAUACGGAAGAAGAAGAAGGAAGAAGAGGAUAAGAAGAAAGCAGAACUCGAGAAGAUAAUAAGUUUAAAGAAGAAUUCAAAUACUAGUGCUUUUGGUGUUGAUGGAGGUGAACCUGCAGAUCCCAUCACGAAACACAGAAGAAACUUCGUGAAAAAGAUGAUGAAGCAUGCUUGGAAUGGCUAUGUCACCUAUGCCUGGGGUAGCAAUGAGCUCAGACCAAUCAGUAAAACAGGUCAUUCAGCAUCAAUCUUUGGUACAGGUUCCAUGGGUGCUACUGUUGUUGAUGCCUUAUCAACACUUUAUCUUAUGGACAUGAAGGAAGAGUUUGAAAGAGGCAAGAAAUGGAUUGCUCUGAGUCUGAAUUUUAACCAGGCAUCAGAUGUCUCUGUUUUUGAAAUCACUAUCAGAUUUCUAGGAGGACUGCUCAGUGCUUAUGCAUUAUCUGGGGAAGAGAUUUUCAAAGUCAAAGCCAAAGAACUUGGGGACAAGCUUCUUCCAGCAUUCAAUACGCCAACAGGAGUCCCUUGGGCCAUGGUGAACUUUGUUAGUGGAAGUGGCCAUAACUGGGGCUGGGCGUCUGGAGGAUGUUCAAUUCUGGCAGAAUUUGGUACCCUUCACUUGGAGUUUGUCUAUCUUUCUAAGAUCACUGGAAACCCUAUUUAUGCCAAAAAGGUUCACAGAAUACGAGAAGUCAUGGAUCAAAUACAAAAACCCAAUGGUCUAUAUCCCAACUAUCUGAACCCUCGCAGUGGAGUAUGGGGAUCACAGCAUGUUUCCCUCGGUGCACUUGGCGACAGUUUCUAUGAAUACCUUCUCAAGUCCUGGUUCAUGUCUGGACAGACGGACAUCAAAGCAAGAAACAUGUAUGACAAAGCUGUAGAAGCAAUUGAAAGGACCUUGGUGCAACAAUCAAAGUCUAAUCUUACUUAUGUAGCAGAGUACAAAUAUGGCAGACUAGAACACAAGAUGGAUCACUUGGCUUGUUUUACAGCUGGGAUGUUUGCUUUGGGAGCCAAAGGAUCCAAAGAUGAGAAGCAUUUUCUUAACCUUGGAGCUGGUCUUGCCAACACUUGUCACGAGUCAUACAAAAGAACUGCGACUAGCAUAGGACCAGAAUCAUUCCGAUUUGAAGGCAACUACGAGGCUGUUGCACUGCGUCAGAAUGAGAAAUAUUAUAUUCUGCGACCAGAAGUGAUUGAAGGAUGGUUUUACAUGUGGAGAUUCACUAAAGAUAAAAAGUACCAAGACUGGGCCUGGGAAGCUGUGCAGAAUUUAGAGAAACAUUGCCGUGUGGAUGGUGGAUAUAGUGGUAUAAGAGAUGUCACAACCAGUCCAGCAUCACAUGAUGAUGUACAACAAAGUUUUUUCCUAGCAGAGACUUUGAAAUACCUAUAUCUUAUAUUCUCGGAGGAUACUUUGUUACCUCUUGAUAAAUGGGUCCUCAACACAGAGGCGCAUCCUUUACCUGUUAUAGGGAAAGCUGAAUUACCAGCAGGAGCAAGAUAGUUCUGCGGCAAGACUGGUUUUUACUAGUUGUAUUGUCUUAUUUAGAAUGGUCUUUACUGGAGGUUUGAGUAAAGAUGUCAAAUGACCCUCUGAUCAUGACGCUAACAAAUUUGGAAUGGCUUUAAGAGGAGUUUUGUAUGAGUUUAAAAGAUUAUUUGGGGGUUACAGUUUUUUAAGGGGUGACCCUUAGCUCACUGUGCGAGGCUUACCAAUUUUGAAAAACUCGUCAUAUAUUAAACCCCACUAACUUCCAACUUCCGCCAACUUUAAAAAGCACACGUUAUGCUAGAAUCAUAGACCUCUUCUGCCAUUGGGCAUAACGUUUUUUCCAUUUCAGACCACGUCAUUCCCUUGAGUAUCAUUUCAUUGUUCAACAGUUGUGCAUGAGAAGGUACAUGAAUAUGGAUAAACCAAAACUAAGAAUCUUAUUCUCAAGGGAAUGACAUGUGGUCUGAAAUGGGAAAACAUUACAGUACACCCAAGGAACAGACCGAGGUCUAUUCUGAGACAGCACUCAAUAUUUUCUCUCAUCCAAUCAACACCUUAGUUUUACUAUAUGUAUUUUUUCCGCCCAUACAAUGUGAUGUCAACUUUCAUGUAAGUAUUAUUUAAGUGCCCUUCAAAGAAACAUUUGAACACUUUCAACCAUUCACUUUCAACCACAUUUCUGUUUUUAGAUGCUGAGCAUUUUCAGUUUUUCACUUUUGACUCCAAUACUGGUUCAGUCAUAAGUGAAAACCAUCCAGGGCCUGGUUGUACGAAGGGUGGAUAGCGCUAUCUAACAGAUCUUAUCCAGUGGAUAAAUUUAUUGGAUAACAGUAUUUCUUUUUUCACUGGAUAAAGAUUUAUCCAUUAAAUAGUGCUAUCUACGUUUGUACAACAAGGCUGGUUAUACGAAGGGUGGAUAGCGCUAUCCCACAGAUCUUAUCCAGUGGAUAAAUUUAUUGGAUAACAGUAUUGCUUUGUAUACUGGAUAAAGAUUUAUCCAUUAAAAAGUGCUACAGUGUAUCUACCUUUGUACAACUAGGCUGGUUGUAUGAAGGGUGGAUAGCGCUAUCCCACAGAUCUUAUCCAGUGGAUGAAUUUAUUGGAUAACAGUAUUGCUUUAUCCACUGGAUAAAGACAUUUAUCCAUUAAAUAGUGCUAUCUACCUUCUGUACAACUACUCAGGCUUAAAAAUCUUUUGAUUAAUGGCUGCUCAAAAACUGCAAGCUGUAACAUAAACAUAAAAAAAUCAUAUUGGAAUGGUAAUUAAAUUAUUACCAGCCAUCAUGUGUCAAUCUACGAUAGUCCAAUGCUUGGCCAUGUAGUGACCGAGUAAUUGACUGUGAAAUAUAAAUGAAAACAUUCCUGUCAUUAUGACUAGUAGAUGUCAUUGAAAGUUCAUAAAUAAAAAAUCAUGUUUAAAUUGGA